GACCCGAGUGCCCCUGGGAUGCCAAGCAAGGUGCCAGGCGGGUACUGUGCUGGUAACCCUCGGAAGAACUAGGGCUGGAUGGAGGCGGCGGCUGGGGAGAAACACGCCUUUUUAGGCAGCAGCGCUGCCCCGCACCGCCCCACGCAGCCCAAGUCUGCAAUCACUCUCCGCGAGAAGCAGGGAUCGGCGCGCAGCCUGGGAGCGCCCCGCCUGCGCUCGCCGGCGGGCCGAGCCGCUGGGCUGGGGGCGCGAGGAGGGGGCAGCUCAACUUCUCAGUGGCCAGCUCCCGCCCGCUAGGUUCAUUCUGCCACCCAUCUGCUUUAGGACACAAGGUGCUGAUCCUAGAAACCUGCCAUGAAACCACACUUGAAGCAAUGGAGACAACGAAUGCUUUUUGGAAUAUUCGCUUGGGGGCUCCUCUUUUUGCUGAUUUUCAUCUACUUCACCGACAGCAACCCCGCUGAGCCUGUGCCCAGCUCCCUCUCCUUCCUGGAGACCAGAAGGCUCCUGCCAGUGCAGGGGAAGCAGCGGGCCAUCAUGGGCGCUGCGCAUGAGCCCUCCCCACCUGGGGGCCUGGACCCACGCCCGCCGCUGCCCCGCGCCCACCCAGCUGGCCCCUUUCAUGCAGAGCCUGGAGACCCGCAGAAAUGGGCCCAGUCCCAAGAUGUGUUUGAACAUGAAGAGUUUUUUUCAUCCCAGGUGGGAAGAAAAUCUCAAAGUGCUUUCUAUCCGGAGGACGACGACUACUUUUUUGCUGCUGGUCAGCCAGGGUGGCACAGCCACACUCAGGGGACAUUGGGAUUCCCUUCCCCGGGGGAGCCUCGCCCGCGAGAGGGAGCUUUGCCAGCUGCAAGGGUCCAGAGGAGGCGGGUGAAGAAGAGGCACCGGAGGCAGAGAAGGAGCCACUUGGAGGAGGGCGACGACGGCGACAGGCUGUACUCCUCCAUGUCCAGGGCCUUCCUGUACCGCCUUUGGAAGGGGAAUGUCUCCUCCAAAAUGCUGAACCCGCGCCUGCAGAAGGCGAUGAAGGAUUAUUUGACCGCCAACAAGCACGGGGUGCGCUUCCGUGGGAAGAGGGAGGCCGGGCUGAGCAGGGCACAGCUGCUGUGCCAGCUGCGGAGCCGCGUGCGCGUGCGAACGCUGGACGGCACCGAGGCGCCCUUCUCCGCGCUGGGCUGGCGGCGCCUGGUGCCCGCUGUGCCCCUGAGCCAGCUGCACCCACGCGGCCUGCGCAGCUGCGCUGUCGUCAUGUCUGCAGGCGCAAUCCUCAACUCCUCCUUGGGUGAGGAAAUAGAUUCUCAUGAUGCAGUAUUGAGAUUUAACUCUGCUCCUACACGUGGUUAUGAGAAAGAUGUUGGGAAUAAAACCACCAUGCGUAUCAUUAAUUCCCAGAUUCUGACCAACCCCAGCCAUCACUUCAUUGACAGUUCCCUCUAUAAAGACGUCAUUUUGGUGGCCUGGGACCCUGCCCCAUAUUCUGCAAAUCUUAACCUGUGGUACAAGAAACCAGAUUACAACCUGUUCACUCCAUAUAUUCAGCAUCGUCAGAGAAACCCAAAUCAGCCAUUUUACAUUCUUCAUCCUAAAUUUAUAUGGCAGCUCUGGGACAUUAUCCAGGAGAACACUAAAGAGAAGAUUCAACCAAAUCCACCAUCUUCUGGUUUCAUUGGAAUCCUCAUCAUGAUGUCCAUGUGCAGAGAGGUGCAUGUGUAUGAAUACAUCCCAUCCGUGCGGCAGACGGAGCUGUGCCACUACCACGAGUUGUACUACGACGCAGCCUGCACCCUUGGGGCGUACCACCCGCUGCUCUAUGAGAAGCUCCUGGUGCAGCGCCUGAACACAGGCACGCAGGGGGAUUUGCAUCGCAAGGGCAAGGUGGUUCUGCCGGGCUUCCAGGCCGUGCACUGCCCUGCACCCAGUCCAGUCAUUCCACACUCUUAAAAAGGGUUACUUGGGAAUCAAUGUGCAAUAAGGUACUACUGUUGUACUCAAAGUCACAGAAGAAUACUUGAAGAUAGAUAUUAGGCAAUGUAGUUUUGAGUCUUUAAACUGUAAUUUAGUGCUGUUCAUGAGAAUUCUUCUCUUUCUAAGCCAUUGAGUAUUUAUUACCGCUUUGAAUACAGAAAUGGAAUUUAAAAAAAAAAUAAGGCUCAAAAAAGAUGCAAAACAAAGGAUAGCUGGGAAGAAAACACAUGUAUGGCCAUGGGUAUGAUACCUCCAAAACUGUUAACAACUUUUUCUUCUGCAGUGAGUACCACUCAUCAGGGUUGGUUUCAGUGAUAGGUUUUGAUGAUGCUCCUGACCAUAUAAAGUGAUUUAUGUUUAGAAACAUUCAAGUUGAGGUGCAGCAUUUACAGCAUCAAGUACAUCACUCAUACAUGCAUCCAUCAUUAAAUAUCCUAGGUUUUAUGACAAAUGUUGAAAUGAUCACUCAGAUGUGUUUAAUGGCAAAAAUUCCCAGCUCAUCCUGGCAAAGGCUUGUGUUUCCAACCAUUGCAUUCUUCAUCUCUGCUUCUCAUUGCCCACUGAAUGCUUUGCUUUCUGUGCAUCAAAACAGAUUCUAAAACCAGAAAAAAUCAAUCUUGAAAGGACCAAGGAAAAGCCAAAUUCCAAAUAGCACCACGGAGGAGACCCUUUGUUUCCCUGCAUUAUUUCAUAACUCAACCAGGAGCAUUAGUAUCACACCCUCCAGGAGGCACAUCACUGGCAAGUAACACAGAAUCACAGGCCGCAGGUGCCCCUGGACACUCCCCAGCUCUGGCUUUUCUGUCUUGCACCUCUCACCUGCAGAUCUACCCCACAGCUUUUGCAUAGUAAGUGACAUACCUGACAAUUGGCAUAGCCCUGCUGGGGAAGACAGAGGACACCUUGCUCCUUCCAAACUAGAAGGAAGGAUUUCGGAGCCAUUGCUCUGUUCUUCUAGGGAUGCACACCUGUCUUUAUUAUAUGGGUUUGUGCAGGCUUUUAUCAGCCUGCAGGAACUCAACAGUGAUGAUCGCUGAAUCUUCACUAAAUCUUCCUACAGAUAUUUAGGAAUCCACUCCUUGCUUUCACAAAUAGCAGCAUGACAAAGCCAUAUAAUUAAAUAAUUUAUGUGAAAGCAUUGCUCAUUAAGAAGGAAAAUAUGUAGAUGCUUCAGAGGGAAAGGCAGCUAGAGGGAAAUUUUCAUCACAAUAUAUUAGCUAUAUUCAGGGUUGAUUUUUUUUUAAUUUCAACUGUCACUUACUUAUACAUUGAAAUUUUUUUUGCUAUGAAUAUAGUGAAGCAGAGUCAUUUUGUAAUACCUUAAUUAAACAUGCUAUUAUUUCAAUGUAUAACCAAAACAUAUCUCUGUGAUAGCAUUAAGAUUUGUUGCAAUGACAACAGCAGCUCAAUUAAAUGCGUUCUCCCUUGCAAAGUGUAUGAAUGUCAGGAGAGUUUAGUGGAAAAGUUUUCUUUGUUUCGGGAUUGGUUUCUUCUAGACUGUUCUCAGGACUACUUUCUUGAGCAAGAAUGGCUUACAGAGACUGACGGCUUAUGCUUGGUUAGCCUAUUCAGCACAUCUGGAGCUGGAUAACAAGACAUCUCCUAUAGCUUAUUAUAAUAGUGAAGGAGAAAUUGGAAAGUUUUAAUCACAACAAUAUUCAAUAAAAGCCCACUUUUAGAGCUUUGUUAUUAAGUCUAUGAGAAGGGAUAGAUAAUCUUGUCUUAUAUAUUACCUUAUGUCUAAGUAGACAUAGCUGAGCCAUGUUCCUUUCUAAUUUCUUGACAGAACUUGGUCUUGUCCUUAUGUUUACAUGCGUGUAAUAAGUUCAGCGACUCUGGAAUAUGAGUGAGGUGGCUCUGAUGGAUGACUAUUCCUCCUACAAUCCUUGGAUCUUUCUAAGUCUUCCCUGCCAUUAAAAUGCCCCUGGCCAUUGAAGUUCCUUGUACAGUUUUGCAAGUGGUUUUGCUUGUAAGCAUCCUUAUUAUCCAGCAUAAUGCCCCUUGGCUGACAUGAGAACUUGGUUAGAGGAGAAUUUAUUGGGGUUGGUGUAAAUAUUGCAGUUCAAAAGCCUCAGAACCCCACACUUUAAGGAUUUUUAAAUAGCAUUUUGUUAUAAUCAUUGUGCUUUUAAAAUAGUACUUUCAGUUUCAUUGAGGUUACAAGAAGACUGAACAGUAAAGGAAAUUUAAUUAUAAUUUUUGCAUUUAUUGUGGCCUUAAAGACUCUUAGGAAUCAGGGUCUGUUCAACAGUCAAAAAUGCAAUACACAUAUUAAUAUACUAUUGACUGGGCAUUCUUCUAGAAAAGUUUAAGUUGUUUAGCUCCUAAAAAAAAGUUAGGCCGUGAUAGUUAAUGUGAUGACUACUUCUAAUAUAAGCCAAAUGGGUCCUAAGUGGCAGUAUUUUGCCAGACAUUGACUAAAUCCAUACAUGCCACAUUGACUGAAUUCCAAUAAGCACACAGUUCUUCUGUGGAGUAGUUAACAGUAAGUGGCACCUCAAUGAAUUUCUCCCAGGUUCUGUCUCUUCCAACAUCCUCCAUCCUCUUUUGUGAAGGCAAGCUGAUAAAAAAUCCUCUUGGUGUAAGCUGAAGCUGUUAAGGAUUCCUUUUUUCACUCUCAGGACCAACAUACAUUCUUUUGUAUUUCAAGAUAAUUUCACCUGUUGUUGGUUGUUGUUGUUGUUGUUGUUGUUGUUGUUAUCACAAAGAAACUAAUUUUGACCAACAAUGGCAAUUCAACCACAUCUAGAUUCUCCCUAACUUAUUUUUCCAGCUGGUCACACCAGGGAAGAGGGUAACCUUUAACAUACCUGGUGUUCUCAUGGAAUACCAAUGCUAGUCCAGGGAGCUGACCUUUCCCACUAUGUCCUCAUAGAGCUGCUCUUACAGAGAACUUGUGCUCAGGACCAAGAGAUGGUCAAUUAAAAGUUGCAUGUACACGCAUCAGCCUUGUGCAUUAAAAUGGGCUAGGGAGGGACUUUUACAUUUUGAAUUACCAGGUCUUUCCUUGUCUGCCUGAAGGCAGAGCUUUGAGAAACAGUACUUCCUGUGUCUGGUCCUCUUGGUCUUUCAGCCAGACACUUAAUCCAUCCUGGACUCUCCAGUAGUCCUCAGUCAUUGUAGCCUUAGCAUCUGCACCAGAAAGAAAUGCUAAAAUAAUUGUCAGCAUUUUCAAAAUCAGGAAAUCAAAGUAGCUGGGUCAUUCUCUUACACGUGUAUGAGCCAGUUCAUUCUUCUGGGACAGACCGAACUUAUGCUGCUGACUGACUCUUCUGAGCAGUAACACAUCUCCUGAAUUAAUUAGGUAGGUCCCUUUUGGGUGCAUUAAUUGGGAUCAACCUUAGAUGAGCGCCAGUGUUUGACAUAAGAAUUUCAUACGUAUGAAUGCCACAAUUCAAGUUCUCUCUCCAGUUUUUUUUUAAUAGAUCAACAUGCAGUACAUGUGGUCAGUUACCUGGUUGAAUUUCUGCUUAGCCGUGGUAAAAGACAGAGAAAGGGAGUGAGGUGGGACCAGGGGACUUAUCAGAAAGACAUGAGUGAAUCUGUAGGCCAGGUAGCCUUUAAGUAUGUUCUAUUGUAUUGUCUGUUUCGAUUUCUGACUUUCUGAUAGUUUAGAACUCUUACCCAGUGGUUAAGAUCAGAUGACUGAUCAAGGCAGCUCCAUCUAGAAAUUAAUUGCUAGGUAAAAAUGUGCCUGAGUUUCAACUUGUCUUUUAUACUCUGGAUAUUCUCAUUGUGAGAUUAUUAUACAUGUUCCUGUCACUUGGGCAUUAUUUACACACUUGAUAAAUGAAAGCUAUUUCUCUGUCAGUUCAGGGAAAUAAAAUGUAAGUUCUUGUUCUAUUAGAUGAAUGAAACCUUUUGGUUAAAAAAAAAUCCAACAUAUACCUGUUCAAGCUUGAGCUAAUUGAAUUUGAAGAAUUAAAGACAUUGAUCCAGUUCUUAGUAUAAAAAUUAUACAUGUAGAUAUAGUUAUAUAAUUGUGUAUAUACAUAUCUACACACAUGGUUGGUUUUAUAUUGCUCUUUUCAUCAAUAUUUUUGACUGAAACCUUUAAAAUAAAUUUUAUUUUAAUUAUACAUCCACUUUUUAAGAGAAGGAAGCAAAUGUUAAAUGUCCUUCUGUUAAAAAAAAAAAUUCAGUCCUCCACCAACCCCUUCCCACACACUCAUACUCUGCACAUCUUGGCUAUGUUAAAAUGGUCUGAUAGAAUUAUUUAAAAGGCACUAUGAAGGUAGAACACUACCUUAAUAUUGUAUCCUAGUCAGAAGCCUGAUUUCACACUGAACUUUGAAUGGAAGCUUGUCUAUAGCUCAUGGCUUUCAAAGAUUGGAAGAAACAUUUACUGGUUCUAUGGAAAAUAAUCUUCUUGUUAGGUAGAUUUCAAAAAAAGAAAUUGCAUUGGUGGUGUUAAAAUCUAACAUUUAUAACAAAUCCUGUUUUACUCUAGAGGAAAUACUUAGGCAAUUCUUCCGGUGGAAACCAGUAAACUUUUUUAAUACUUAUGGAAAUUCUUUUGUAUGAUAAUUUUUAAAAUGAAAUGUGUACUCUUCAAACUAAUUAAGGCUUGAAGUUUUCCAGGAGUCACAUUUUAAAAGUGUUUGUACACAUUUUAACACUUUGAUAUUUUCUAUUUUGGUUUUGUAUAUUUUUAUGUAUACACAAUGUACAGACUUUUUUCUUGUAAAUAAAACAUGUUUUCAUUUGUCUAGAA